AUGGCUUAUUCUUUCUCUACAAUUGAUUCACGUCUUAAUAAUAUUCGCGACAACACGCGAGAGGGUGUCGAUGAUAUUGAAGAUCAUGCUAAAAGACGUGCACAUCGUGAUCCUGCAGAUGUCUAUGAGCAAGCUUUAUUAGAUAAAACCAAUAAUGUUGAACAAACCGUUCAUCAACAAGUCGAUGACGUACGUCAGGAUGUAUUAAGACGUAGACCACAACAAGGCGAUCCUAAUUAUCAGUAUAAAGCUGAACAAUACCAACAAUUUGUGAGACAUGCAGCAACUGGAAUGGACAGCAUGAAAGGCACAUUUCGAACUCUCUUUUCUAGAGUUGGAGAAGUGGUCCGAAAAAUUGCACGAUGGGUUCGGGAUAAUUUGCCGAAUAUUAUUGUUGCUAUUGGCACAAUAUUUACUAAAGUGGUGCAAGCCAAGGAAAGUUCUGGCGAUGGUAAACGUCCUCUGUAUCGGCCAGCGAAGGAGAAAUCACAAAUGGCUAAGCAAUCAGAACAAGCACGCGAACAUGGUCAUGAUCGUCAAGAAAAAACUCCAAUGACCGAUGGAGAGAACGACAAGCGUCAACACGUCGAAACUGUUUAUCACGAAAAUGGUGGAAGUAGCGGUAAAGGAGGAACAGCAACGGUGAAAAAUCAAAAUCAACAAGAAAAAGGCCGUCAUAAGCGUAAUAUGAAAGAUAUGAGUGAUAAAGAACAGGAAAAAUAUUUUAAUGAUACAAUUAAUGAUUUUGAACGUAUGCUAAUAAAUCACGUUGACGAAUUACGAGAUACAAUAAUGAGUUCACGACCAGAUCCAGAAGAUCCUGAAUAUUUAGAUAAGAAGAAUUUAUAUGUUGAAUUGGUCAAAGGCGGUACACUGAUGAUGGAACAUUUAAGAAAAACAAUCACAGAUUUAUUAACACGAUAUCGAUUGUAUCUAGAAGAGUUAUGGGAGACAAUAACAAGCGGAAAAGAUCCAGCACCAGUUACGAAAAAGUUUGAAGAACAUGUUGAUCGUUAUAUACAACAGAGAUGGGACCCAAUAUUUGAUAAAAUGGAUCAGCUUGCAGCUGAAAUUGAAGGAAAACAUAAGAAAGAAGCUUCUUAA